AUGUCCUCUACCUCGACCUCGGAUGACAAAUCCUCUUCCACAGAAAAACGUGAAAAACCAUCGUGUCCCAUCGAUGAGUACCGUUCUUCAUCCAACAAAAAGCCCGAAUUCCUGGAGAGCUACGCAGCAUUCCGUCGUCCACGUACACCUCCACCAGUGAAUACAGAUUCAGAAGUGGAUUGCACACCUUACGACCAUGUACAGUACCGUCCGUUUUGCCAGACAAUUCGGUUGAGAAAACGAGCAAAAGCCUACAAUAAGCCAAAGAAGCCAAGGAUGUCAGUGGUCAUUGAGAACUUGUCCAUGUUCGAGUGGUUGCAUAGAGUUGGAGCCGACAAAUCCAUGAGCACCGAAGAGCUGAUGUUCGUGCUAACCAAUGGUCUGUUCCACCAAAAUGAAGGAAACGUGGCGAUCGUAUUCAACAAGGAUCAUCGAACAGGAAAAUCAGCAACGAGUCGAAUGAAUGCAGCAUUCGGGAAAGCGGAGAAAAAAGAGGAUGCUGUCAAAGAGUUCAUGGAGGCUCACAACUCUCCGCCUGUCAAAUUUUCCAUCCCAGAGAAAAUCAAAAAAUACGGUGUUGGUCAUGUGAUUAGGAAUGAUUUCUACGAGGAACCAAAACCGCCAAAAGAAGUUACUUAUGAAGUUGUUGAUAUUGAUUAG